AUGAACCGACGAAAACCUGUUCAAUCAUCGCAUCACGAUGAUCAUUCAGAUGAUUAUUCGGAAACGAUAACACAACAAUGCAACAGUCAUCAUGCCUCGGAACGUGAAAUUACUGUACCAAUGCAUUCUACAAAGAAUUCUUCUCAAAAACUUCUCUACAAGACACUUAUUGAGAAUCUCAAAUUAAACAACCAAAACAAUAAUAUUUCCCUACAUGGGGAGCAUGAUCAAGAGGCAAAAACUUUGGAUCAAAGAACAAUGACAUUAUUACGUAAUCAUCAAAACUUUUUAUCAGAAUUGAAAAUUAAUCAAGAUUUAGAAAUUUAUAAUUAUUGGGACACAUCCAAAGAAUGUCUCGCUUUGGCUACGCAAUUUACUUGUUGUUGUCUAUUUUGCCUUAUUUUCUUUUUAAUUUAUGAAUGGGAACCUUCGGGAAAAUUUCAAAGUUUCGAAAUUAUGGCUAUCAUUAUACUUUUUAAUUUUGUAUUUAUUUUACCGUUUUUAUAUAUACACAGAACUUUAAGAAGGUCUUCUGAAGUGAAUGUAACUGACGAAAACGUAUCCUCUCACCAAUCUAUGGAUAUUCCAUCAUUCAUAUCAACAGUAUUUAAUUGGAUUAUUGUUGUAUUGAUUUUAUUAGGUGCUUCUCCAAUACUAAGAACGUUGACACUACUUUACUCUCAGGAUACAAUUAUUGCCCUAGUUUGUCUACUAUUUACUAUUCAUUUAUUUACACAUGACUAUUAUUUUGUGAAUGGGAAGACAGAAAAAUUUAAUUGUUACUUAUCUUUGAAUUGUGUGAUUUUUAUUUCUGCUCUGUUUGCUUCAAGGCUGAGACACUCUUUAGAUGCGUUUGUCAUUCUGCUUGUGGCAAUAGAGCUAUUUCUCUUGUUCCCGUUUGUGAGACAUCAAUUAAGAAAGAACGACAAAACACUUCCAUAUGUCACUAUUUACCUACUCAUGACAUGCAUCACAGUUGCUGUACUCUAUUAUUUUGUGAGUUCAGUUUUCCUUCUUUUCUCCUUCCUUGUGGUCAAUAUUAUCCUGGUUUUUGUAAUGCCUUAUUUAUUCAUUUUCUCUCAGAUUCACUACAAACAAGUGUUGACUGGCCCCUGGGAUGAAGCCUCUAUUAAUCCAAUCGAAUACGAAAAAAUCAAGAAUUAUUUGAUAGCAGAGUAA